UUCCUAUAUGACCCAGUGUGCCGUUCCCCUUAUGCAUUCCCUCCCCCCCAUGUUCCUAUAUAUAGAGUCCUGAUAUUUAAAGGCUAUCUGUUCCUUUGAUUUAAAAAAAAAACAAAAAAAAAACUUUCAACUCAUUCCUAUGACAUUAGAUCAGUAAUGCAGUGUUCCAGCCCAUUGCGUGGGGGGGGCAGUUGUAAAUUCCAUACCAGGGCCCCAAGGGGUCUAGUAACGCCACUGCUGGGGAGGGGGGAUUUUCUAAAAACUAUAGAAGAAGCAGACCUGCAGUCCAGGCCUCCGCAACCUUGGGGUCUGCUUCCUUUAUAGUUACGCCAGUGACGAGGCCAGCGGUCAUGGAACUCCAAGGUGACUUCCAAUAUCCUCAUAUUUUGCAACAGGGGGUAAUUUAUUUAUUAUAAUACACAAGUUUCCUUGUCACCCAUGGCAGCAAUUCACCAAUGGGUUAAAUCCACUCACCAGGCCAAUGGACAGGAUCCUCCCCAAGCAAGUUAAAAGUGCCCGCCCCCUAUCUACUCACUGUCUUUUUUUUCCUGUCGCGGGUCGAUGGUGCAGUUCGGAUCAGUCCAGCAGUAGGGGGGCUCUCUCUCUCUCUCUCUUCUCCCCCUUACUAGCUGAAGUCCCGAUAGCUCCCCCUUGUUGGGGUUAGCAGGGGAGGGCCAGGAGGUUGUAGGGAAGCAGCCGAGGCCAUGCCGUACCUCCCGUGUUCGGCGGGUUAGGAAGGCGAGAGGUCAUUGCGUAGCCUUGCGCAUACCCGGAAGUGACGUCACGGAAGCCGGUUCGGCGGAGUGCGGCAAGUAACGUAGAGUCGGAAGGAUAGUAGACGCCAUCUUGGAUCCUGGCAGCAUGGCGAAAACCGGAAGUGGGGGUCUUUUCACGCCACGGAGACGCCAUAAGGUAUUUAGAGUCACAAUCAGGCAGGCACAGUCCUCUUACUCCCUAACGGACGCUGUGUACUGCAGGAGACUGGUUUUUCUGUUAUACAGCACCUCUAUGGAGUCAGGAAUGCCGGGCAAACCACCUCACCCCAAAGGGAAAAGCCUUCCUGCCACUGAAAAGAAAGACAAAACGCCAGAAAAGGCUACGUCAGUUCAAGUUCAGGGAGAACCAGGAACGUCUAAUCCUCCGUUCGAAAAAAGAAGGGGGUUUUAUUCAAGGUUAUUCCUAGUGAAGAAGGCUUCAGGAGCUAUGAGGCCAGUCUUAGACAUGAGAAGUCUAAACAAGUUUCUACAGAAAAAGAAAUUCAAAAUGGAAUCACUAGCAUCAGUAAUACAGGCGAUUUCGGUUGGGGAUUGGCUCACCAAUAUCGACUUGAAAGAUGCGUAUUUCCAUGUACCAAUUUGUCAGGAUCACAGGAAGUAUCUGAGAUUCGAAGUGGGAGGGGUACAUGUGCAAUUCAAAUGUCUCCCAUUUGGCCUGUCUCAAUCCCCACGGGUGUUUACCAAGAUUUUGGUCACAUUAAUAGCCGAAUUAAGGAAAGAAGGAAUUUCAGUCUUUCAUUACUUAGACGAUAUUCUGAUAACGGCAAAAACAAAGAAAGAAGCAAAGGUUCAAACAACAAGGGUGUUGGAAUUUCUACAACUUCAUGGUUGGAUAGUAAAUAUGGAGAAAAGCAGUCUAGUUCCAACAAAGUCUCUUAUCUUUUUAGGGGCACACUUCCAGACACAAAAAAAUCUAGUAAGUCUUCCCCUGCCAAAACAAGAAAAGUUGGUUCAAGCGAUAGAAGACUUCAGAAGGCAAGAAGUAGUCUCAGUGCGCCACUGUUUGAAAAUCUUGGGGUUGAUGUCCUCAACGAUUCAAAUCGUAAAAUGGGCAAGGUGGCAUUCAAGACCGUUACAGAUUUUUUUGCUCAGGAAAGUAAAAAACCCUCAGGAAAAUCUGCAGAAAAAAUUGACUCUGUCCCAAGAAUUAAAAAACACUCUAGGUUGGUGGUGUGUUCCAGACAAUUUAGGAAAAGGCACCCCCCUAGAGGAGCCAGAUUGGAUAACUGUUACGACAGACGCAUCAGGAGUCGGCUGGGGGGCCUACAUAGGGGAGGUGUGCGUGCAAGGUUCUUGGGAGUUAGGUCAUGUCUCCUCAAAUGUCAUCGAAUUAAGAGCAAUAAAAGAAGCUCUAUUAGCCUUGGCAGAUCAUCUAAAAGGGAAAAGUGUAAAAGUGUUUUCAGACAACACCACGGCAGUGGCCUAUGUGCGGAAGCAAGGCGGCACAAGAAGCAUAAGAUUGGCAGAAGAAGUAGAACCAAUUUUCCAGUGGGCAGAAUUAUGCUUGGAGCAUAUCACAGCAGUACAUCUUCCAGGUGUAGAGAACCAAAAAGCGGAUUUUCUAAGUCGAAGUUUCGCGGACCCAGGAGAAUGGAGUCUUCACGAAGAUAUAUUUCAAGAUCUGGUAAAUACAUGGGGAGUACCAGAAAUAGAUGCCAUGGCAACCAUUCACAACAGAAAGUGCAAAAGGUUUUUUUCCAGAUUCCCAUGCAAGGAGGCAGAAGCCACAGAUGGCCUAAGGCAGGACUGGUCGAGAGAAUUAAUCUUUGUGUUUCCUCCAAUUCCCCUUGUUUGGAAGGUUCUGAAGAAGAUAGAGCGAGAAAAAGCCAAUGCUAUAGUAGUAAUUCCAUAUUGGCCAAGGAGACCUUGGUUUCCUCUACUUCACAGAUUAUCUCUGGGACAGCCCAAGAAGAUUCCGAAGUUUCCAGGUUGGCUGAAUCAAGGAAUGUUUCAGUUUCACAAAAAAGAUCAUCUUUGCUUGAUGGCCUGGAGGUUGAGAGGAGGAGACUGAGAGAAUUAGUGUGCAAGGAGAAGGUGGUAGAUUUUCUGUUAAAGGCAAGGAAAAAGUCUACAUCAGCGCAAUACUAUAAAAUCUGGGACACAUUUGUGCAGUCUAUGUUGGCAGAGGGUCGAGACCCAGGUUGUCCUACAGCAUCAAUGG